CUGUGGCAGGAGAAGAAAACAGCAGAUGUCUCUGCCUGGGAUUCUGUAGGUUUUGACAUGUGCUCACGGGAAGAUUUCCAAGCACAGAGAAGCCAGCUGGUGGCGCUGUUGGUCUCAGGGUCCCUGGAGGGCUUCGAGUGCAUCCUGGACUGGCUGCUGUCCUGGGAAGUGCUCUCCUGGGAGGAUUACGAGAGUCUCCGCCUCCUGGGCCAGCCUCUGUCUCACUCAGCUAGGUGCCUGCUGGACACAGUCUGGAGCAAGGGUGCUUGGGGCUGUGAGAAGCUCAUCGCGGCUAUCCAAGAAGCACAGGCCAGCAGCCACAGCCCCGAGGUGCAUGCCUGCUGGUCCCCCCAUUCAAGGCAGCCAGCCCAAGACCUGCAGAGUCACCGGCCAGCUGUUGUCAGGAAACUCUACAGCCACGUGGAAGCCGUGCUGGACUUGGCACAGGAACGUGGCUUCCUCAGCCAGUACGAGUGUGAUGAAAUCAGGCUGCCAAUCUUUACAUCAUCCCAGAGGGCAAGAAGGCUACUAGAUCUUGCUGCAGUGAAGGCAAAUGGAUUGGCUGCUUUCCUUCUGGAACAUGUUCAGGAGUUGCCAAUCCCACGGUCCCUGCCUUUUGAGGCUGCUGAGUGUCAGAAAUACAUAUCCAAGCUGAGGACUACCGUGUCUGCUCAGUCUCGCUUUCUCAGUACUUAUGAUGGGGCAGAGAAUCUUUGCCUGGAGGAUGUGUACACAGAGAAUAUCCUGGAGAUCAGAACAGAGGUGGGCAUGACUGGACCAUCACAGAAGAGCCCUGCCACCUUAGGCCUGGAGGAGCUCUUCAGCACCCAUAGCUACCUUAAUAAAGAUGCAGACACGGUGCUUGUGGUGGGUGAGGCAGGCAGUGGCAAGAGCACUCUCCUGCAGCGGCUGCAUCUGCUCUGGGCUACAGGGCAAGACUUCCAGGAAUUUCUCUUUGUCUUCCCAUUCAGCUGCCGGCAGCUGCAGUGCGUGGCCAAGCCACUAUCCUUAAGAACACUACUCUUUGAACACUGCUGUUGGCCUGAUGCUGGCCAACAGGAUAUCUUCCAGUUUCUGCUUGACCAACCUCACCGUGUCCUGUUGACCUUUGAUGGUUUUGAUGAGUUCAAGUUCAGAUUCACAGACCAAGAGCGUCACUGCUCUCCACAUGAUCCCGCAUCAGUUCAGAUUCUGCUUUUCAACCUUCUGCAGGGCAAUCUGCUGAAGAAUGCCCGCAAGGUCCUAACCAGCCGUCCAGAUGCAGUGUCAGCCCUGCUCAGGAAGUUUGUGCGCACCGAGUACCAAAUUAGGGGCUUCUCAGAAGAAGCCAUCAGGCUGUACCUAAGGAAACAUCACCGUGAGCCUGGCGUGGCAGACCACCUCAUCCAGCUGCUACAGUCUACCUCAGCCCUGCAUGGCCUGUGCCACCUCCCUGUCUUCUCCUGGAUGGUGUCCAAGUGCCACCAGGAACUGCUGUUGCAUAAAGGGGGGUCCCCGAGGACCACCACCGACAUGUACCUUUUGAUCCUGCAACAUUUCCUGCUGCAUGCCUCCCUGCCAGACUCCGCCUCCCAUGGCCUGGGCCCAGGCCUCCUCCAGGGCCGGCUCCCCACCAUGACGCACCUGGGCCGCCUGGCUCUCUGGGGUCUAGCCACGUGCCGCUAUGUGUUCUCAGCCCAGCAGCUCCAGGCAGCACAGGUAGAUUCUGAAGACAUUUCCCUUGGCUUCCUGGUGCGUGCCCAAAGUGUGCCAGGGAGUGCAGCACCCCUGGAAUUCCUGCACAUUACUUUCCAGUGUUUCUUUGCAGCCUUCUACUUGGUGCUUAGUGCUGACACACCAGCAGCUUCAUUUAAACAUCUCUUCAGUUGCCACCAGACAGGCAGCUUACCACCGGCUAGGGUGCGGCUCAGGCUGUGUGUCCAGAGCUCCAGGAACAAGGAAGACGGCGAGUUGGCUCUGCUGAAGAAGGCCGAGCCUCACAACCUGCACAUCACAGCAGCCUUCCUUGCAGGCCUGUUGUCCCAGGAGCACCGGGCCCUAUUGGCCCAGUGUCAGGCAUCUGAGAAGGCCCUGCUCCGGUGCCAUGCCUGUGCCCGCCAGUGUCUGGCUCGAAGCCUCCGCAAGCAUUUCCAUUCCAUCCCGCCAGCAGUGCCUGGUGAGGCCAAGAGCAUGCAUGCCAUGCCUGGGUUUGUCUGGCUCAUCAGGAGCCUAUAUGAGAUGCAGGAGGAGCGGCUGGCACGGGAGGCUGUGCGUGGGCUGGACAUCGGGCAUCUCAAGUUGACAUUUUGCAGUGUGGGUCCAGCUGAGUGCGCUGCCCUGGCCUUUGUGCUACGGCACCUCCGGCGGCCCAUAGCCCUGCAGCUGGACCAUAAUGCUGUGGGAGACAUUGGUGUGGAACAGCUGCUGCCCUGUCUCAGUGUCUGCAAAGCUCUCUAUUUACGAGAUAACAAUAUCUCAGACCGAGGCAUCUGCCAGCUCAUUGAACAUGCUCUUCACUGUGAACAGCUACAGAAGUUAGCUUUGUUCAACAACAAGUUGACUGAUGGCUGUGCGGGUUCCCUGGCCAGGCUCCUUGCAUCCAAACAGAACUUCUUGGCAUUGAGGCUUGGCAAUAACUACAUCACAGCUACAGGAGCCCAGGUGCUGGCCCAGGGCCUCAAGGACAACACCUCUCUGCAGUUCCUCGGGUUCUGGGGCAACAGUGUGAGUGACAAAGGUGCCCAAGCCCUGGCUGAAGCCUUAACGGGUCACCGGAGUCUGACGUGGCUUAGCCUGGUGGGGAACAACAUUGGCAGUGUGGGUGCCCAAGCCUUAGCACUCAUGUUGGAGAAGAACAUAGCAUUAGAAGAGCUCUGUCUGGAGGAGAACCAUAUUGGGGAUGAAGGAGUGUGUUGGCUCGCCGAAGGACUGAAGAGAAAUUCGAGUUUGAGAGUCCUGAAGCUGUCCAACAAUGGCAUCACCCACCUGGGUGCAGAAGCUCUCCUGCAGGCCCUCCAGAUGAACACCACCAUCCUGGAAGUCUGGCUCCGAGGGAACACUUUCUCUCCAGAGGAAACGGAGAUGCUCAGCCACACAGACUCCAGACUCUUGCUUUGAUGUUUCUGGGCUGACAUUCAUCUCACUUUGUUUGUGAGCUAUCUGUGGGUUUGGACUCUGGAAGCUGGAUGUCUGGCCAAUGCCUUGUCCUGCUGAGGAUUGGAUUUUUUUUCUGGGAGCAAUGCAGGUCAUCUUACUCUGACUGAAGGCUCUUCAGGACCCUCUAGAAUCAACUUUUCCCAAACCCGCUUCUGACAUCAAGUUCUUCCCAAACCAUGGAUAAAAUGCACAGAGGGGCUGCUGGGGAAGGGAAGACAAGGGGACCCAUAAAUGCCUGUAGGUUUAGAAACCUGGACCCUCAUGAAAGGUGCCCCGAGACAUCUCAGGAGGCGCUCUUAGCUCUCAGCCACAUCUUGACUCAGGCCAUCUGUCGUAGCCUGGACUCACACCAAAAGCAUCUAUUCUUUCCUGGUUCUUCCACUUCUUCUGCCCGAGACCCAACAGCAUCCUAACCCUGGCAUUCAGGUCAUACAGUUGCCCUGCUUUCCUUGCUGGUGCUUAAAACGUGGUUGGAAGGAGAAACACAGCAGCAUUUUGUCCCUCAGACAUUCUAGAUUUGCAAGAAAAAUGUGACCACACUCCAGCAGAGAUCACACAUGGACAUUUUAUUUCCAGUGAAAUCAAUUACUCUCCAGUUAAGCUUUUGGAAGCAGCAACAUGUCCAAAGGCAGCUUUUUAAAAUUAAUCUGGGCCAGCAUUUCAAACAGCCCUAUUAGGCCUCCGGCUGAUGCCUAUGAACUGAACUUUGACAACAGACUUCUGAAACACAACCAUAAAGCAAUAAUGAUAUUUCACUUGUGACAGAAUGCACUGGGAUAUAUUAAUUGGGGAUUAGAAGUUUACAUGGGGACAAAACCAAGCUCCUCCUUCAGAGUAAAUGUCUUUCUGGAUUUUUCCAAAUAAUGUAGGUCAAAACCUUUGUAAACUGUUAGGUGCUCUGCAGAUGUUACUACUGUAAAUCUUAUUUAUGUGUGAAAACUGGUGAAUAUUUGUAAAUGCAAUUGUUUUAUUCUCUCGAGUUGGUAUUUUGUAGAAAACAUGCCUGUGAACUUUAUAGCACAAAUUAUACAGAAGAAAAAUGCUUAUC